CUUCCUGGGGUUGACAGGGCCCUGUGGGACACCCAGGUGGGUCACCAGGCUCACCAUCCGCCCCACGGCUGCGUGUCCCUGCAGGCGCUGGGCGAGGCGGACCAGGUGCGGAUGACCUCGGAGGGCUCCGACUGCCGCUGCAAGUGCAUCCUGCGGCCGCUCAGCAAGGACGCCUGCAGCCGCGUCAGGAACGGCAGCAUGCGCGUGGAGGACUUCUACACGGUGGAGACGGUGAGCUCGGGGGCCGACUGCAAGUGCUCCUGCACCGCCCCCCCCUCCUCGCUCAACCCCUGCGAGAACGAGUGGAAGAUGGAGAAGCUGAAGAAGCAAGCGCCUGAGCUCUUCAAGCUGCAGUCCAUGGUGGACCUGCUGGAGGGAACGCUCUACAGCAUGGACCUGAUGAAGGUGCACUCCUACAUCAGCAAGGUGGUGGCCCAGAUGAACACGCUGGAGGAGACCAUCAAGACCAACCUGAGCAGGGAGAACGACUUCAUGAAGGAGAGCGUCCUGCACCUCACCAACCAGAUGAAACGCUACGAGAACUACUCUGACAUCAUGAUCAGCAUCAAGAAAGAGAUCUCCAACCUGGGCUACCAGCUGCUGCAGAAGGAUGCCGCCGCUGUCCCCGAGAGCAAGGCACAGGACACGGCGGGCGGCCGAGAGAAGGAGGCAGGACGGUACCCCAGCACCCGCAAGGCACUGGGGGACAGGGCAGCCCCCCGAGCGCCCAAGGAGAAGCAGCUGAAGCCCGAGAAGCCCAAAAAGGAUAACGUGAAGGCCAGGGGGGGGUCACAGCCUACGCCCAAGCCCAAGCCAUCGGCACACCAGCAAACCGUGGUCCGGGGCAUCACUUACUACAAGGCUGGGCAGGCGGGGGCUGCGGAGGGACAGACCGGCAGCCGCGAGAGCCCUGCAAGGGGGGUGGCUGCGCCGGAGAGGCAGGAGGAGAGGGGCCCCCCGCUCCCCCCAGCUGAGGGGACCCCAGCCCAAGCCAUCGGGAGGACAGAGACCACCGUGCCCAGCACCACGGCAGUGCCCAGCACCGCCCUGGCCCCCCGCACCACCGCCCGCAGCCUCCCCCCCACCGCCCUCGGGCAGGGGGCUGACAGCACCGGGGGCCCUGAAACGCCCAACAGAGUGAAGGAGGUGGAGUGCGAAGGCACCAUCGAGUCGGUGGAGCCCCCCACGGAGCACCACAGCUACGGGCGCAACGAGGGGGCCUGGAUGAAGGACCCGGCGGCCAAGGAUGACCGCAUCUACGUCACCAACUACUACUACGGGAACAGCCUGGUGGAGUUCAGGAGCCUCGACAACUUCAAGCAGGGCCGCUGGAGCAACCUCUACAAGCUGCCCUACAACUGGAUCGGCACCGGGCACGUGGUGUACCGGGGGGCCUUCUACUACAACCGUGCCUUCACCAAGAACAUCAUCAAGUACGACCUGAAGGAGCGGUAUGUGGCGGGUUGGGCGCUGCUCCACGACGUGGUGUACGAGGACACGACGCCCUGGAAGUGGAAGGGCCACUCGGACAUCGACUUCGCUGUGGAUGAGAGCGGGCUCUGGGUCAUCUACCCGUCCGUGGACUACGACUACUCGCAGCAGGAGGUGAUCGUCCUGAGCCGCCUUGACCCCGGGGACCUCUCGGUGCGCAAGGAGACCACCUGGAAGACGGGGCUGAAGCGCAACACCUACGGGAACUGCUUCAUCAUCUGCGGCAUCCUCUACGCCGUGGACACCUACAGCCAGAAGGAAGGGCAGAUCUCCUACGCCUUCGACACGCACACAGACACAGAGGCAGAGCUCCGGCUGCCCUUCCUCAACCACUACGCCUUCACCACACAGGUUGACUACAACCCCAAGGAGAAGGUGCUCUACGCCUGGGACAACGGCCAUCAGAUGACGUAUGGGCUCCGCUUCGUGGUCUGAGAGCCCGGCCGGGUCCCAGCUGCACCCCGGUGCCCACCCUCCACCGUGCCCGGCCGGGGGUCCCCGUCAGCAGCCUGGCCCCCGUUCCCCAGCUGGGCCAGGGCUGCGGCGAGACCCCAGCUCCCAUCCCCCAGCCCUCCCCACCCGCCGUGCCCCAGUCACCCUCCCUGCGCUGCUGCAUCGCUGGG